AUGUUGCCCACUGGUGGUGGGCCUGAUGGAAUUAGUCCCAUUCUGAGAGACAUUUUUGGGGCGGAUGCAGACGACUUUCGUCCAGAGAGGUGGGAAGACGGUGGACUCUCAAAUAUUGAUUGGGCUUAUUUUCCAUUCAGUGGUAGGUCAAGGCAAUGUUUGGGAGAAGACUUCGCCCUCAUGGAGGUUUUAUAUACUGUUGUGAGACUUUUACAAGCUUCUUUGGCUAUUUCGUUACCUGCAGGCGAGAAGAUCGAGCCUGUCGGAAUGGAGAGGCAACGACUAAUGCUUGUUCAAAGUGCAGAUGGAUGCAAGGUCCAGAUCAAACGUUGA